GCCCCGCCCCUCCCCCGGCACGUGACCCUGCCGCACGUGUCCCGAUCGGGCUCUGCUGCGCUUUGUUCCCGGACGGGCCGUGGGGCGCGCGGGGCUCGGAGCGGGGCCUGGUUGGCCGGGAGCCGGGCGGUGAGAGGCGGAGGGGGCUGAGUGCGCGGGAGCGCUGCGACUGGCCCGGCAGGAUCCUGCGACUCGUGGCUCGGCGGUGUCGGCUCCUCAGUGCAGGGCCCAGCUGGUGGCGGGAGAUGCCCAAACGGGGGAAGAAGGCAGAGGAUGUGGACAGCGCGGACGAGUUCGAGGCCCCAGAGCCCGAGGCAAAGAAGAGCAAGAAGGGGGCAGCCAAGGGCCCCAAGGAGAAGAUCGCAGAGGGCCCCAUCCUGUACCAGGAUCCACCCAACAAGCUCACCUCCCCCGGUGGGCAGAAGUACACCCUGAAGGUCACGUCGUGGAAUGUGGAUGGGCUCCGGGCCUGGGUCAAGAAGAAGGGGCUGGAGUGGGUGCGUGAGGAGGACCCCGACGUGCUGUGCCUGCAGGAGACCAAGUGUGCAGAGAAGCUGCUGCCCCCCGAGAUGCGGGAGAUGCCCGAGUACCCCCACAAGUACUGGGCCUGCGCCGGCGCCAAGGAGGGCUACAGUGGGGUGGCUCUGCUCUGCAAGACUGAGCCGCUCAGCAUCACCUACGGCAUCGGUGAGGAGGAGCACGACCAGGAGGGCCGGGUGAUCACGGCCGAGUUCCCCUCGCACUUCGUGGUGACGGCCUACGUGCCCAACGCGGGCCGGGGGCUGGUGCGGCUGGAGUACCGCCAGCGCUGGGAUGCUGCCUUCCGGGCCUACCUGCGGGGGCUGGAUGCUCGCAAGCCCCUGGUGGUGUGCGGGGACCUCAACGUGGCCCACGCGGAGAUCGACCUGAAGAACCCCAAGGGCAACAAGAAGUCGGCGGGUUUCACGCCUGAGGAGCGCCAGGGCUUUGGGGAGCUGCUGGCGGCCGGCUUCACUGACACCUUCCGCCACCUCUACCCCACGACGCCCCACGCCUACACCUUCUGGACGUACAUGAUGAACGCUCGCGCCAAGAACGUGGGCUGGCGCCUCGACUACUUCCUGCUCUCGACACGCCUGCUGGGGGCGCUGUGCGACAGCAAGAUCCGCUCCCAGGCCAUGGGCAGCGACCACUGCCCCAUCACUCUCUACGUGGCCCUGUGAGCGGGGUGGGGGUGGGGGGCCAUACAGCCCGAUAUGGUCCCAACACCCCUGUAUGGCCCUGGG